AUGUCGUCUUCAAAACGUCAGAUUGCGUUGGAGAAGGAAUUACAACAAUUAACUGCUAUAAAUACAAGUGUUGCCACAAUGAUUGAGGCCAUUAGAAGUACCCAAACAAAUAUUAUGAAAACUCAAGAAUCAACCGAGAAUACAGAUAAAUUGCUAAACCAAUGGAUUCGUAUAUUAUCACAGACCAACUUCACUAAUGAAAUAUUACAAAAUCCCCAUUGGAAUGGUUCUACAGAAAUCGAUGACGAAGAAAUCGAAAUAAAAUUGAAUGAAGAACAAGAAUUGAUAAACGAUUUGAAUGAAUUGAUAAACGAAAAUAGUGAGUUAUCUAAAACAAUUGAACAAAAGGAACAAAAGGAAAAACUAGAUGAAAAUAGAAGACGUGAACUAAUAAGUAGAAGACAUAAAGAAUUGGGUUUACGAAGUGUUCCCAAGAAAAGAGGUACAUCAAGAGUCUAUAAGUAA